AAUGCUAUCAGCUGGGAUAUGUGUUAAUACAUUUAUUUGAGCAACUGAUAUUAACUUUAAAAGACGUGCGUUACAUUUUAGUUCUAGAUUUUCAUUUUUUAAAUUUAGGGAAUUUUAUUUUAUGUUUAAAUUAUAAGUUAAUAAAAUGAGGACAAUAAUGUUGAAAAGUCAUCCUAAGGUUGGCAUUUUUAUGUCGGGACUGAAAGCAAUAACUGGAAGAAGUAAUUUAAAUGUAAGAAAAAAUCACAGUUCCCAAGGAUACGGACCGUUGACGAUUUUGAGUGAAGAUGAGCAGUUUUUCAAAGAAACAGUUAGAAAGUUUUCUCAGGAUCAAAUUGGACCGUUGGUAAAAAAAAUGGAUUUAGAACAUAAAAUUGACGACGACCUAGUGAAAAAAUUAUUUGAAAAUGGAUUCAUGGCUAUUGAAAUAGAUCAAGAUUACGGAGGAUCUGGGUCAUCGUUUAUGUCUAGCACGUUAACUGUUGAAGAAAUAGCAAAAGUUGACCCAUCAGUUUCAGUAUUAGUUGACCUGCAAAAUACUUUGGGCAACAAUGUCAUGAUAAAAACCGGCAAUAAACAACAACAAGAAAAAUACCUUCCUCGUUUAGCUCAAGACACUGUUAGUAGUUUUUGUUUAUCUGAACCAUCAUCGGGUUCUGAUGCGUUUGCUUUAAAAACAACUGCAAAAAAAGAUGGUGAUCAUUAUUACAUAAACGGAACGAAAAUGUGGAUUUCCAAUUCAGACAUCGCAGGAAUUUUUUAUGUUUUUGCUAAUGCUGAUCCUUCAAAGGGUCAUAGGGGCGUAUCAUGUUUUCUCGUAGAAAGAGAUCAGGAAGGGUUUACUGUUGCCAAAAAAGAAGAUAAAUUAGGAAUGAAAGCUUCUGGUACCUGUGUACUUCAUUUUGAUAAUGUUAAAGUUCACAAAGAUAAUGUGAUUGGAAAACUAGGGGAUGGAUACAAAAUAGCAAUGACCUUCCUGAACGAAGGUCGAAUCGGUAUAGGGGCUCAAAUGGUUGGGAUUGCGCAAGGAUGUAUAGAUCAGACAAUUCCUUAUACGUUGGAACGAAAACAAUUUGGAUCUAGCAUUUUCGAUUUCCAGUCUAUGCAACAUCAAAUUGCUCGUGCAGUGACAGAAGUAGAAGCGGCAAGAUUACUAGUUUAUAACACAGCUAGAUUAGUUGAUGCCGGAUUACCGUUUGUCAAAGAAGCAGCACAGGCCAAAUACUUUGCAUCGGAAGUUGCAGGUAAAGUAACUUCAGAGUGCAUUAAUUGGAUGGGCGGUGUUGGAUUUACCACAGAUUUUCCUCAAGAAAAAUUCUACAGAGAUUGUAAAGUCGGACCGAUCUAUGAAGGAACGACCAACAUACAACUAAAUACCAUUGCGAAAUAUAUUAAAAAAGAAUACGAACAAUAGCAUGUUUUAAACAAAAUUAUAUUAUUUAUUUCAUACAGUAUACGUACACAUGUAAUUUUUUCCAAGUUGAAUUUAAUUCAAAGUAUUGAAACAUAGAAUUAUUAAAUGUAUGUGUAUAUAUAUAUAAAUUCAUUAAAUAAUUCUAUGUUUCAAUUAUAUAUAUAUAUAUAUAAGUAUUUAUAAAUUUAUUUAUAUAUACAAUAAAUUAUAAAUGAUUUCACAGCCAUUAUGUUUAUACUAAUUGUUAUUAUACCUAUUAUUAAUUUACGGUUAUUAUUGUUAAUUUUGAAAAGAUAAACAUUCAAAUUUUGUUAUAAAUUCUAGUUCUUCAUCGUCAUACACUGGUUCUCUACCACGUUCCCAAUAAAUAUUGUUUGAUUCCUCUAGUUUAUCUUUGGGAAAAUAGUGUAACGACAUAUCAUUAAAUAUAUCUUCAUAAACAAAA